GAAUUAAUGGAAGGUUUAGACAUUGCAUAUCAUAUAACAGUUCCAUUUCACGAUGCUGUUACUUAAAAAAAAAAAAAAAAAUCUCAAUUAUUUAUCCUGGGUAAAGGGAGUGAUUUGGGGUGGUAAAUCUCAGUAGCUGUGUUCCCACCCUUCAACCUUAGUACACAUAAGCAGGACUGCACAGUGUCACUAUGGCAGCAGCAUGGCCAUACAGCCGGUACACCUUAGCUAAUGUUGUAAUAGCAUAUUUGUCCUUCCCUUCUGUGUCUAGUGGGUGAGGUGUCUGCCGUUCCCAACACAGCAGAGUCUGCAGCUCUCCCCGCGGUCCCACCUCUAGAAGAACCUGCUUUCGUCCCAGUCUCUACUGUAGCAGACCCCGUCCAGUCUCUACUAUAGCAGACCCCGUACCCGUCUCUACUAUAGCAGACCCCGUACCCGUCUCUACUGCAGCGGAGGGGGUGUCGUCUCAGUGUGACAUGGCUGAGGAGCUGAGCCGCCAGCUGGAGGACAUCCUCAACACCUACUGUCUGGAGGACAACGGGGAAGACGGGGUUAACCUGCCCAACGGCCAAUCACACGGCCCUGUGCUCAACGGCCUGGCCAAUGAGAAGGAGCUGGACGUGAAGCCAGACGAUGUCAAAGGGAACGCCUGCGGAGCGGAGAAGGUGAAGACUCAGGACAAGAAGAAGGUGAAGGGUCUGGGUAAAGAGAUCACCCUGCUGAUGCAGACCCUGAAUACUCUGAGUACACCAGAGGAGAAACUGGCAGGCCUCUGUAAGAAGUAUGCUGAUCUGCUGGAGGAGCAGCGGAACAGUCAGAAGCAAAUGCGGGUCCUACAGAAGAAACAGUCUCAGCUGGUGCAGGAGACAGACCACCUAAAGAAGGAACACAGCAAGGCUAUCCUGGCACGCAGCAAACUGGAGUCACUCUGUAGGGAGCUGCAGAGACACAACCGCACACUCAAGGUUGGCAGGAUUCCCCAAUUGGUGGCACCCAGGCCGAAUUUGGCCCCCGGGUGAUAUUAAUUUGGGCCCCCAAAGUUUACCGAGUUGUACGUUUGUUCCAAAGUAUUCCCACGCAUAAUAGAGAGAUCUGAUCGUAUACAAAUAUAUUAAGCAAGGUAUGAAAUUAUGUUUUAUUCAAAUAUCUGUUUGGGCUUCUUGCAGUUCAAUUUGCAGUCUACAAAUGAUUCAAAAUUAUGUUCCGGUCCCUUGACCAUCUUCUCAAGAAAAAAAAUCGCCCCUUGGCUGAAUCUAGGUAAUGAUCCCUGAGGUAAAGGACGAUGAAGCUGUACCUUUUUCACACUUACUGAGCCAAACCGGGCUGAGCUUGAAUGUGCUGGCCACCAUUAUUGCUUGAACACUGCUGGAAAGGACCGGCCAGCACAGUGUGGCGUAAGUCUGUAUUCAGGCCAG